UGUCGGUGGGUGUUGCAAUGUUUUCCUUAUCGCCAUUGGAUUUCCUUUCCGCCGCUCAAAGCCGCCGCUGCUGCUCGCUCGCCACACUUCCUGCAGCACUUGUCACAGCACAGCAAUGUCUCCAAGAGGACGGGAGACAAGAUGAGGAGCAGAGACCUCCGGGAGGGGACGUGAGGCUUGGAUUUGAACCAUGACAUGAACACAAGGAGCCGCCUGGAACUGUCUACUUGUUUGUUUGUUUUCUUUUUGUUUUGCUUUUUUUGUCAGUCUGCUGUCAGCCACUCCUGUUGUUAUUAUUAUUAUUAUUGUUAUUAUUGUUAUUUCAUGCAGCUUGUACCUCCUUGUUGACGCAAGGUGUGCUUUAGUUGAGUCUUAUUUGAUCAAUGUGUGGAAUUACUGAAAGAGUUCUAUUUGCUGCUAGAUUGCCUUAUUCCAAUGCAAAACACAUGGAGGACAUUUUCUAGGCUCCCUCGGGUUUGAGUAGUUUUAUUUGAUGGAUUAUGUCAUUAUUUAAAAGGUCGUAUUUACUUGGGGACGCCUUGUUCUUACACUAUGGCCGCAGGCUACUUUGAAGUUUUACUGUGUAAAUGAUGUUUGACAUACGUUGUCUAUACGUAAAGUCUAUGGAAGCGUUCCUCACGGCCCAGACUGCACCCUGGAUGGACCAGCGCACUGCCAACUGGAACUCCUGAUUUUAUUCCCAGAUGGAUGCUUAUUUUUGUCUUCAGUAGUAUUUUUUGACAACCUCAUUUUAGAUUUUUAUUUUUUAUUUUUUUGCAAGGAUGCGCUCGCCAGAACUGUCCUCCUUCCCCCUAUCAGAGGCCCUCCUUCACGGCCAGUUCGCCAGCUGGGGAAGCGGCAGCAACAGCAACAACAACAGCUGCCCCAACAGCCCCGGUGGUCCUGGGGGGCUUUCCCCCGCCUCCCCGACGCCGCCCCCGGCCUCCAACUACGCCCUGACCCUCACCCACGUCCACAUCCACAUCCAGCGCCUGUCGCCGCGACCGGGCAAGGAGACCCGGCUCCUGCUGCCCCUGUCGGAGCUGGUGGGAUGCAGCUGCCCCCGCGCCCCAGCGCCCCCUCUCCUGGUCCUCUACUGGUACCCGCCGGGGAAAAGGCGUAAAGGGGUGUCACGCCGCAGGCAGGUGAGGGCCUACCUGGCCGAGAGCAGGCCGGAGGCGGAGAGAUGGUCGGCGGCUGUGCAGUGCUUACUUGGAGGUGUGGCGGUCACGGCCGAAACAGAAUUUUCCAGAAGCCUCCUCCCUCGUCCCAGACGACUGCUGUUGCUGGUCAAUCCGUUCAGCGGGAGAGGCCAGGCCAUGCAGUGGUGUCAAACGCACAUCCUGCCCAUGAUCCGCGAGGCCAACAUCAGCUACAACCUGAUACAGACAGAGCGCCAGAACCACGCCAGGGAGCUCAUCAGGGAGAUAUCGCUCCUCGAGUGGGACGGCGUGGUCAUCAUUUCUGGAGAUGGACUCCUGCACGAGGUGAUAAACGGGCUAAUGGAGCGUCCGGAUUGGGAACAAGCAAUAAAAACACCCGUUGGCAUUCUGCCCUGCGGCUCCGGCAACGCGCUGGCGGGUUCCAUCAACCACAAUGCGGGGUAUGACAUGUGCCUUCGGGAGCCUCUGCUGCUGAACUGCUGCUUCCUGCUGUGCCGCGGGGGCGUGCGGCCCAUGGACCUGGUCUCCGUGACGACAAGCCCACCCGCCUCCAACAACAACAACAGCCGAGCUGCGGCGCCCAGGAGGGUCUUCUCGUUCCUGUCCGUGGCUUGGGGAUUUGUGUCCGACGUUGACAUCGAGAGUGAGAGGUAUCGCGGCCUUGGCUCGGCUCGUUUCACUCUGGGCACCCUGGUGCGCAUCGCCUCCCUGCGCUCCUACAAGGGCCGUCUCUCCUACCUCCCUCCCGCCAUCGUGGCCCCGUCGCCCGACACCACGCCCACCCCGCCGAGGAGGCCCCUCUCGCGCAGCAUCACCGAAGGCCUGGAGGGCUUCUGCAAAACUCCCAUCCAUCGCACCAGCUCCGACAUGGGCAUCAGCGAACAGAGGAGUCUGCGGCGGGGGGAAGGGGAGCGGGAGAAGGAGGAGCGGCAGCGAGAAAGGGAGAGGAGGCGGGAGCGAGCCCGGGGAGGAGGAACGGGCGUGGUGAGGGCCAGCAGCCUCAUGGAGGACCGGGAAAAGGAGCAGGAGGGCGAGGUGGAGAUGGAGGAGGAGCGGUUGAAGGGGGAACGCCGCAGGGCGGGAGACCAAAUGUUAGCUCACAUAACAGAUGAGCAGGAGGACGAGGGAGGAGCAGAGGAAGACCCCAGGCAGGCGGGGGACGGGGGCGGAGCUAAAGACCCGGGCGAAGGUUUGGGUCUGGUUGUUGGGCGCGAGGCGGACGAGGCGGAAGGUUGUUACCACGACGACCUCCAUGAAGCCAGACAAACCCUCCGGAAGAAUUCGGCUCCUUCAAGCCAGAUCGCCAACACGCUCUUCAGUCAGCCGCUCACACGGGACGCCGACGCCAGCCCCUCCUACGGGGUGGAGGACUUGGACCUGAACGGGACCUACUACCAGAAGGACGCCUACCCUCUUGACGCCACCCGCGAGCGAGCCCUCACCAUCUCGUCCCCUUUCCGUCACACCCCUUUCUCCUACAAGACAAGAACUGUGGACCAGAACCAGAACUCUACCAGGCCGCGGCCCCUCUCGCUCCUCCAGCACUCCCACUCCAAUUCCCUGCCUCCCAAGCUUCCUUCCCUGUCGCUCUCCCUCUCCCCCACGCCUCCGUCUUCGCCUUCGUGUGCCUCCCCGCACUCCUCGUCCUACCUGGCCCCGCGCCCCAACACGCCGGGGUCCACCUCGCCGUCACCCUCCUUCCGCACGCCGUCCUCUACUUUCAACUUCGACAUCGCCGAGCCGGCCGGACCCCUCAAGAACCGUCCCUACGUGUCGCUGCCUUUAAAUCUCCCCAGGGAUGACCUGCUGCCCCCGCUGGACCAGCCCCUUCCCACACGGGACUGGGUCACCAUCGAGGGGGACUUUGUCCUGGUCCUGGCCAUUUAUCAGAGCCACCUCGGAGCCGACCUCUACGCCGCACCCCAGGCCAGGUUUGACGACGGGCUGAUCCACCUGACCUUUGUGCGGGCGGGCAUAUCCCGAGCCACCUUACUCCGACUGUUCUUCGCCAUGGAGAGAGGAACCCACCACUCGGUCAGCUCGCCCUACGUCAGCCACAUCAGCUGCCGCGCCUUCAGGCUGCAGCCGCUCUCCACGCGAGGAACGCUGACCGUGGAUGGGGAACUGGUGCCUUAUGGGCCGCUGCAAGCGCAGGUUCACCCCUCCAUGGCCCGCGUCAUCGUGGGCGACUCGGGAGUGCAGAUAACCAGGUUCUAACCAGGAAUGAGGAGAAACUGGAUCCCCUCGGAUCUGUUGCCGUGUCAACUCUUGAGCAAGCAACGCCAGACUUCAACUCACCUGGAUUGCACACAGCAUUUUGAUGGAAGAAGGGAAAAAAAAAAGGGAUAGCCUUGCCGUGCUUCAUCGGAGCGGGAAUGCCAGGAUGAAUAAUGGAACUUCUAGGAAUAAAACGGAUGACGACUGCGUCUCAUUGCACAGCUGCGGGAUUAACGCUCAGCCGAGCCCUCAAGACGCGUCAAACUGCACUGCCUGGGAUGUGACGUCAUGUGACCCACACGUGUCAUGUGUCCAACAUAUGACGUCAUGUGACCACCAUACGGCGAGGGAAGUUUGCUGAUAGAUUUGUGCAGGAAUGUGCACGCGUACGCUACAGUGUGCAUGCUCACAAGCACUACCAGUCUUUUGCCUUACAGGGAGAUGGAGAGACACGCAUUGACCAAUCACAGAUCAGUGCAGAGCAGGCUCCGCCCAUUACUGCACGCUUCUGGGUAAUUAUGUUGUGUUUUUCCUCAUAGAGGCUCUGGAUAAAACCAUGCAGUCCUUCAAUCAUCAAUAAUCAAUAGGCACACAUACAAUAAUGCAACGCUGUUGGAGUUAGCAUACAUAGCAUGCUAUCUAUUGGCUCAUAGCUAGUAAAUAAAUAAGCCCCACCCCCAUAUUUACAUGAUUUUCUGGAAACUAUUUGAAAUCCAUCUCAGAGGUGCCACAAUAGUGUGUUGAAUGUGUCCAAAAUGCUUUUAGUACGCCCCCCCCCCCCCCCCCCCUUGGGACCACGCUGGUUUGUGUGUCUGUAGCUACCAUGCUAACGAGCUGAGAAACACAAUAUGUGCACUUUUUACCGUUUUUUUACAGUCCUUCCUCGCUACGUCGCACUUAAAACAUGGCUCCCCCCCUCCCUCCCUCCCUCCCUGGGGGAGGCCAAGCGCCAUAGUUCCCUCAUGGUCGUAUUUAUGACACCGUCGUGGAUUCAUUAGCAUGUAAACAUAGCAUUAGCAAUUGGAUUCCGAAUGACAUCAACGCUACUAAAGUAGUUAUUCACAAAAAUAAGAACAUAAACGAGAAAAAAAAGUACAUUUAUGACUUUAUUCUUAGAGAGUUCCAAGAUGUUUUCUUUUGUAAAUUAUUAUUUUGGUAAUUAUCUUUUCUUGUCAUAUGACAACUUUGUCUUGUGAAUGUACAACUCUCCAUCCAUCCAUUUUCUAUGCUGCUUAGCCUCGCCAUGGUGGGGGUAUGCUGGAGCCUAUCCCAGCUGUUCUAUGGCCUUUUGUCUCAUAAUUCUAUUCUUUCCACUUUACUGUCAUAAAUGUACACCUUAGUUCUUUUCUUUACAAUUUACAACUUUAUUCUCGUAAGUGACGACUUUUCUUCUCGUACAUUUGCAUUAAUUACAAAUGUUUCUACUAACUCUUCAAUUUCUUAAUUUCUCUUUUUCUUAUAACUUUCGUUAUCCUUACUUUAUUAUCUGUAAUCUACUUUUCUUUUCUCUUCAAUUAUGUAAUAUUCUGAUAAAUUAACUUUAAUCUGGUCAAUUUCUGACUUUUUCCUCAUAAAUGUACGACUUUUUUCUCGUCAAUUAACUUCAUUGUCGAAAUUUCAUUUAUCGUUUCAUUCGUUUGGCCCUGAUACUCCGUCGUAAAAAAAAACGUAUUUAGAAACAAAAAUCUAGCACCUUUUUGAAAGCACAUAUUGCUUGUCAUUUUAAGACGUGUAGCGAAGCCUGUGAAGGCUGAUAGGACUUUGUGACGUGUAGAGGUCAUAAGCAGGAUGUUACUGUAAGAACAUCCGGUCAUCUAUCAUAAGCGACCUUCAAAAUGGCUUCCAUCAUCAGGUCACGCGGUGGUUGGCUUUGCUGUGGCACCUGUGUACUCGUUAGCGGCCAUUACUUCAAGAGCGGUGUGUUAGCAAGAAGACAGUGUUGAUAUCCGGUCUUGGCCUGGUCUUGGUAGAGAUUUUGAGAAUAAAGUCAUGAUUUUUUUAUAGGAAAGUGAUAAAUUUACAACUUUUUUUCUUGUAAAUUUACACCUUUAUUCUCAAAAUGUCAGAUUUAUUGUAAAUUUACAGGCAAAAAGUCAUAAAUUUACUGGCAUGAAGAUGUAAAUGUAUGACUCCGUUGCUGUGAGUUUACAAUGUAACACUUUUGCCGUCUUAUGUUGAUACCCACAUCGUCGGUGUUAUUUUUUCCCUUACCGUGAGCGAGGGGAGCCUUGCGUUCGAUGACCCGCUGUAGCUGUCGGCCUUUAAGCGAGAGCGGGGAUCAUGUGGCGAGUGGGCGGCUUUAAACGCUGACCUUCAAUCAAGCUGCGGGAUGCUGCCGGGUCAUGACCCGCUUUGUGUAAAAUGUCUUCACGCGACCUGCUGAUAAACUUGGAACAGGCAUGGUGUCAAUCAUUAUUAGCAUGUGCACCGUAUCAAUCGGCGAGGCGGUCUAGCCGCUCCACUGGGCAGCACAGUGCAUGGACGUAUGGAUGCCUUUUUUUUAUUCUUAUUAUAAUCCUCUUUAAACAUGACUGCAAAAAGUCACCAGGCUGCUAUUUUGUGUGCUUAUUGUCUUUUUUUUUUUUUAACUCACAAUUCAUGUAUCAGCUACCACAGUGGCGUAGCAGUCUUAUUACAUAACAGCACCAAGAAUCUCACAAUUUCUUGCCAAAAUGCAUCAUUUAGUUCACCUUAUGCCAUCCGCGUGCUUCCAAGGAUGGCGGAACGGAACUCUUCUCGGUCCUGCCAUUAAAGACUGCUUGUCAUCAAGUUGCAUUUCUUACUAAACAUUGCUGAGUUCUACAGCGUACAGUUCAUAGUUGGAUAUGUUUGGAAUAAAUGGAACUGAAAAACUAAUUGUUGUAUGAUACAAUUC